GUCGCCGCUCGCCAAACGAAACGGUGGGAGAUUUACGCGCGAUUGUCAUUUUUGUCGGGGUCUGCGGCUUGUCGGCUCUUUUGCCAAGCAAUUGUUUAUCAAAACAUUCUGACAGCACAACAACAAAGAAAGAAAGCACUACAGAGAAACAGUGCGGACGCUGGGACGACAAAAUUGCAGCCAGUUGUUUGUUUGUUUUCAAGUUAAAUUACCUAGUCGCAUGAUAUGAAAUAUAAAAUACAAAAUAAUUGCGCUGAAAAUAGUUAAGCAUUCACGGCAAAAGCGAUACAAAAGUAGAAAGUUUCCAUUUCAUUGUUAUUACAUAUUACAUAUUAGAGACGCCCCCGGCCAUAGCCACGCAACGUAAACGCAGCCGCCAAAAGUUAAAGCCAAAGUCGCAACCAAAACGGAAUCUUCAGUUCGGCGUGUGAAAAAAAAAACAGUCGAAAAAAGAAAUUCGAUUUAGUCAAAGAGUUUAACAUAAUUUGCAAUACUUAAACAGCGCUCGGCGUAUAGUAUAUAAACAUAAAACAAAACCAAGUCUAACAACAACAACAAUGUCCGGUCCAGUGACACUGCCUGAAAUCACCGACGAACAGCGGAACACAUUGGAACAGUUCCGCACGGUUAUGGCCGAUGUUCUGGUGCCCACGCAUGAUGACUAUUUUCUGUUGCGCUGGCUGAGGGCACGCAAAUGGAACUUGGAAGCGGCUGAGAAAAUGCUGAGAGCGAGUCUGAAAACACGAGGCACCUGGAAUGUGGACCACAUUGAAAGUUGGGAUGUGCCUAAGGCGUUGCGGGAAUAUAUGCCGUAUGGCUUGAUUGGAAACGACAAUGAUGGAUCGCCAGUGAUCGUUUGUCCCUUCUAUAACUUCGAUAUCUGGGGCAUCUUGCACUGCGUCACACGCUUUGAGUUCCAAAAGUAUCUCGUGCUGCUGCUGGAGCGUUUCAUGAACAAAGCGUACGAGCAGAGCCUGAAACAUGGCUGGCAAGCUCGCCAAUUAGUCGUAUUCUUCGACAUGCAGGAUGUCAACCUGAAGCAGUAUGCCUGGCGACCGGCGGCCGAGUGCAUCAUCUCGACGGUUAAGCAAUACGAGGCCAAUUAUCCGGAGCUGCUCAAACAGUGCUAUAUCAUAAAUGCCCCCAAACUAUUCACAGUUGCCUUCAACAUAGUCAAGAAGUUUCUGGAUGAGGCAACCACCAGCAAGAUCCACAUUCAUAAGGUUGGCACCGAUAAAUGGAAGCAGGCGCUAUUCUCACAUGUGGAUCCCAAAGUCUUCCCCAAAUCCUGGGGCGGUCAGUUAGUCGAUGAGUUCGGUGACCCCCAGUGCAAAUCCAAGAUGGUCUGGGGUGGCAAAGUACCUGAGGAUCUGUUUGUUGAUCAAAGCAACCAACAGAGCGACAAGGACUUUACCGAAACCACCGUUGCCAAGGGUGACAAGCUCAAGCUGGAGUUUUUCGUUAGUCCCCAGCCCAAGGAACAACAGCAUCUUCUAUCCUGGGAUUUCCGUACCUUCGACCACGACAUCAAAUUUGGCAUAUACAGUGUCGAUAAGAAGACGGGCGAGAAACGAAGUGAGGUCGCACUGGGCACUGUAUUCUCAAACGAAAUGGACGAGAUUGGCUUCAUAUCGACUCGACCGAACACUACAUACACGGUCGUUUUCGACAAUUCGGCCAGCUAUCUGCGCAGCAAGAAACUGCGCUAUUGGGUCUCCCUCAUAUCAGACGAGGAAGAGGGCAUCACUGAGCUGACCACGCAAAUGGAAAGCACACAGCUGGCGACGCAGCAGUGAAGGAUGGCAGGUUAACAGCUAUAAGCCAAAUAGAUACAAACAUACGUGUUAGUCUCUACUACCACACAACACGGUCCAGACAGUCUAAAGUCAAACUCGUUGCAGGCGCUGCAGGCAAUGCUGCAAGGACACCAUGUGAUACAAACGGCUCACGUUUACAUUAGCUCUACAGUUAACUAUUGCAUAUUUUAUUUCGUAUCAUACAUACAUAUAUAAAACACCUUUGUACAUUGUAACCUUAUCGUUAAUUUUGUAUACUAUACAUUGAAUGAUUCUUAUAAAUACAAUUCUUAUGAUAUACACA